AUGGCAACUUUUUUCAACUCAAUCUUAUUAUUACCAUCACUUCUUCUUUUAGUUGUUCCAUUCUUGUUUUCCUCUUUGGCUUCUGCUUAUUCUUUCAAUGACAUCAAAUUAUGGUGUAGCCAAACCCCUAAUCCUCAACCAUGUGAGCAUUUCUUGAACCAAAACCCUACCCACCAACACAAACCCUUAAACAACAAAGAUGAUUUCUUCAAGCUUUCUCUACAGCUCGCUCGGGAUCGAGCUCUCAUCAGCCAUCAAAGCGUGGUUUUGCUCGGCCCUAAGUGCCGGAACCAAAUGGAAAAGCUUGCAUGGGCCGAUUGCCUUGAGUUGUAUGAUCAUACCAUUCUCAAACUCAACAAAACCCUAAACCGUAACCCUAGCUGCACCCAAAGUGAUACGCAAACAUGGCUCAGCUCAGCUCUCACAAAUCUUGAGGCAUGUAAAUCUGGGUUUUAUGAACUUGGGGUUCAAGACAAUGUAUUGCCUUUGAUGGCCAAUAAUGUCUCCAACUUGCUAAGCAACACUUUGGCUUUAAACAAGAUUCCAUACGAAGAACCAAGUUAUAAAGAUGGGUUCCCAACAUGGGUCAAGCCAGGUGACCGGAAGCUGUUGCAGAGUUCUUCUCCAUCUUCUCAUGCAAACAUCGUGGUGGCUAAAGACGGCUCCGGCCACUUCACAACCGUUAGUGCUGCCAUAAAUGCUGCACCAAAGAGUAGCAGUGGGAGGUAUGUUAUAUACGUGAAGGCAGGAAUAUACAACGAACAAGUUGAGAUCAAACUAAACAAUAUCAUGUUAGUGGGAGAUGGUAUUGGAAAGACUAUAAUCACAGGAAGCAAAAGUGUUGGAGGAGGCACUACUACCUUCCGUUCUGCGACUGUCGCUGUUGUUGGAGAUGGCUUUAUUGCUCAAGACAUGACAUUCAGAAACACUGCUGGAGCAUCAAACCACCAAGCCGUAGCAUUACGUUCAGGUUCAGACUUAUCAGUAUUUUACAGAUGCAGCUUUGAAGGCUACCAAGACACAUUGUAUGUGUUCUCUGAGAGACAAUUCUACAGAGAAUGUGACAUUUAUGGCACUGUGGAUUUCAUCUUUGGAAACGGAGCCGUGGUUUUUCAAAACUGCAACAUUUUUGCAAGAAACCCUCCAAACAAAAUCAACACAAUCACAGCUCAAGGCCGAACUGAUCCGAACCAAAACACAGGAAUUUCCAUUCAUAACUGUAAAGUUACGGCUGCUUCAGACUUAAAACCAGUUCAGAGCUCUGUGAGAACCUAUCUUGGAAGGCCAUGGCAACAAUAUUCUCGAACAGUUUUCAUGAAGACUUUCUUGGACAGUUUGGUUGAUCCUUCUGGUUGGCUGGAAUGGAGUGGUAAUUUUGGCUUAAGCACUUUGUACUAUGGAGAGUACAUGAACACUGGUUCAGGUUCAUCCACUGCAAAUCGUGUUAAGUGGGCUGGCUUUCAUGUGAUUUCUAGUGCCUCUGAAGCUUCAAAAUUUACUGUGGCAAACUUCAUUGGAGGAAGUUCAUGGUUGCCAGCCACCAACGUUCCUUUCACUUCUAGCUUAUAG